GACGACCAUUGCAAGACGGAGGCCGGUAUGCCUGACCACAAGCGCAAAGCUCCGGAUGGCCGGAUGGCAUCUGAUCACUUGACGAACGGUCGUGUGCUGUCGCUGGCCCAGGCGUACUUAUAUACCAGGCCGUCCCCGAUACACUUGGACAGUCCCACAUUCCUUCUUAUGCUACCUUUCUGCAACUAGGAAGUCCUCUUGAGGUCGACCGACCACAGUACCAGUUACAGCCUCCGACUAUCACUCUACGACCCAUCGACUAUCUGAAACCUUAACGAUGUCUUCUGCCGGACUCAGUAUCUCUCCUGCCGAUUCCACCUCCUCCUUGGAUAUCAACGAUGCCAUCUUCUGCGAGCACGGAAAAGAAGUCUGCGACGCGUGUGCCUUUGACGCGAGGGAAGAAAAUGAUUCCUUCUUCGGUUUGGACCCUAUCGAACGACGUCCUUUGCAGGUACCCGCGUACACCAAGAAUGCCAAGGAUGGGUCCAUCCAAUGCAAGAAACACUCUUCCGAUCACUGUUCGACCUGUUUCGGCUGGAAGAAGCAGCUUCAGAAGAUUCACAAGGAUACUGAACGGAAGGCUAAGGAGAAGGCGAAAGAGCCCGUGUCUAUCCUCCAUCAGUAAACAAGUGCAGCUAUGACCGAGACGAAAGCAGAUACUAGUAGCGAACAGAUAAGCGAGACCGCUAGUGUAUAUGAACCGAAGUGUUUCGAAUCCAACGCUGUAAACAGAACAAGAGUUGUAAGAUAUGUAUGUACGUGGCCUACGCAAAUGAUAUGACAAUCAUCGAACA